AUGAAGCUAUCCCGUCGAAUAUUGGUCUCCACACUACUCAUCGCCAUAACCUUAGCUGCUAAAUCUGCACCCUUAGAUGACCCCGAUUCCAAGCAAUGUUAUAUCCCCAAAUUGACAGGAGAUAAUUGCCGAUAUAUAAGGAAACAUUGCGAUUCGUCAUAUUUCACAUUAUCAGCAUGGUAUUAUUGUUCAUCAUCUUCAUACCCAUGGGAAUUGGCAUUAGGCGGUCUUUCAUUAAUAAUUCUAAGUUUGUUAACAUUAAUCCUAGUUUCUUUGAGUAUAUUGGUUUCAAAUUAUUUAUUUCGUGAUUUGAAUGAAUUAACUAAGAUUUUGGGAAUAAAUAAUCAAAUAUUGAGUUUUAUUUUGGUGCCUCUAACCAACUCAUUUCCGGAUUUAAUUAACUAUUUCGUGGCUUUGGAUUCGAAUUCGGCAGAUUUGGUUAUUGGACAAAUUGUUGGGUCGAUUGCUAUUAUGUUUACUGUUAUAAUUGGAUUAAUUUGUAUCUUUGGUCAUAAUUUCAUAGUGGAGCAACCGCGAUUGUUAACAAUUGAUUUGGCAUGGGUUUUGAUAAUCAUUACUUUAUUUCUGAUUAUAUUAUCAGAUGGGAAAAUUACCCUUGUGGAAAGUGUAAUUAUGUUAACCACCUAUGUUGCAUAUAUCAUAUUCUUAAUGUUGUUCGAUAAAGAUAAAUUACGAGAUUUUGAUGAAGAAUUACUUAUCGAACAUGAAGAUCAUCAAGAUAUUUUGGAACAACCCUAUAAUAUCGAAGAUGCAAUGAGUAUCCUUGCUGCAAGAAGAAAAAACAAUCGACCAGCCAUAAUUUCAAGGCCAUCUUCACUUCGAACUGUUUCCCUGCCACAAGUCCCAAGAAGGGUUGCUUCACCAAUGAGAACAUCUGCAUCAUCUCCAGUAAAACAAAUGGCGAGGUCUGUAUCUUCUUCAGUUAUUUCUCCGCCAGGAUCGCAACCAUCAUCACAAAAGCCAUCACCUGAAGGAAAACCGAAGGGAGCUUAUGGUGAUUUUUUGACAGUCACCUAUGAACAUCCUGACGAAACUACUCCGUUAGGAACACCUAGUCCCGCACCAGAAGCUGCACAAGAAGCUGCACAAGAAGCUGAACCACAGAAGCCAGAGAAAUAUCAUUGGAUUGAAUACUUUUUCAUUGCAAUUGAAUUUGUGUUGUUUAUGUUAGUACCGGUGCAUAAAGAUGUUGAAGAAGAUAGUUAUCAUUGGAAAUCAAAAUUUAAGAAAUAUUGGUGGUUAAAAUAUUGGUAUCUUAUAGAAGUUCCUUUAUUACUUAAUUUUGAAGUUUUCAAUUAUUCAUAUUGGUAUGUAUUACCGGGGAUUCUAAUUUAUAUUCCUAUAGUAUUGCUUAUUGUUCCUCAUGUUAAAGACAGUCAUAUUGUUAUUGUUAUUACUUCAGUUGGGAUUGUCAAUAGUUUGGUAAUCGUUUCCAUGAUGUCGAUUGUCCUUUUACAAUUAUUAAAGAAUUUAGGAUUGAUUUGGAGAAUAUCGGAUUAUAUAUUAGGAUUGAUUGUAUUUUCAGUGAGUAAUUCUGUGAAUGAUUUGAUAACGAAUUUGACAUUAGCAACCAAGAUCAAUCCAAUAUUGGGUAUAAAUUCAUGUUUGGGUACGCCAUUGUUAUUAAUCUUAUUAGGUGUAGGGAUUAAUGGAGCAGUCGUGACAUCUAGAACAAAGCAUCCCGUCAAAUUUCAUUUGACUAAUAAUAUAAUAAUCAGUACCUUUGCAUUAAAUUGGGAUAUACAUUACUUGCAUGGUAUGUUAUUAUAA